AGUUUUUUUCCUGAAGAAGCGUUUAUGGGUGCUUGCUCCUCCACUCUCAUGAACUAAAAAUUUCAGCGUUAAGCCCAACUUUUGCUUCAAUUUGUUUGAAAAGUUGGUCUUUGUAACGGGUUUCUUCAAAACCAUGAAUAGUGUUUUCUUCCAUUUCUUCGUUACUGUAAAACCAUAUUCUAAGCUCAGGGAACCCGUUAGAGUGAUGUGAAGCUGGGAUUAUGAUGCCAAGGUUUUGUGUUCAAAAGUUUUCAUUUAAAAAAAAGUCUCUCUUUUUUUUUUUUGAUCAAUAAAAAUAAAGUCUCUUCUUUAUCUUCAAAGCUGAUUUGGAACACUAUUUAACAUUCUUUUGAUUCUAAAUACUGGGUUCCUACUAGUUUCUCUUACUUAUGAUUGUUAGUAAGCUGAGAGAGUGCUUUUUUUCUUUGGUCCAGGAAAUAAAAAAAAGGAUUCUUCAAUUUUAUUCUCUUCAUUUGUUUGAAGAAAAAGAACUCCUUUUCCAUGCGGGUUGUUUGUUCAAAACUUCAAAUCGUUUCUUUAAAUAUCUUAGUUCCAAAUAAAGAAAUAAAUGCAUAUUUUGGUUGCUGAAACCGUUCUGCAAUUGUUGAUUCUGGAAGCUUUUUCUAGGGUUUUCAGAGCCUUCAUGUUGUAGUUAUCUUUCCUUAAAAAAAGCUACAAGUAAUUAGGUAGUGUUUUAAAGAAGCUUAUGCGCCUUUUAACGGUAAGUUCAAAUACUAUUUAUGGUGUGAAUUUCAGAAUUCGAGAGAAAUGAUGCAGAUAGUGGGAGUAGGAAAGGUUUUAUUUUCCGUCUCUCUUUUUUCAUCUCUACUAGGUUUUAUGGACCGGGGUCUCUUUCUCCUUGGUUUUAAGUGUUGAAUCCAUUCAUAUCCUUCUUCUUUUACUAGAUCUGUUACUUUAUUUUGUUUGCCAAGCUGCAACAACCAUUUUUCUUCUUUUUGACCUAAUGUUAUCUACAACUUUUUCUUUUCCUUGUUGAAGUUUUCGUUUCAGAGUCCCUGCUCGUAGGCUGUUUAUCUUGUAUUGUUGCUUUGUUUCUCUUUUGUCUUACAGGGAGAUGCAGUGUCUUUUUUUGAGGUGGUGCUUUUUCAAUUUCAGAGAGAUGCAGUGUCUGUGUUUGAGGUGGUGCUUUUUCAAUUUCUUUUUAGGUGAAUCUCUUGUUUGUUUUGUAUUUGGUUGCAGAAAAUAGGUUUGAAAUGGAUUUUUCAGAGUCUACACGAGUUGUCUUCAAUAGAAUUCAGAAAUUAGAGCCCGAUAAUGUGUCCAAGAUUAUUGGCUAUCUUCUACUGCAGGACCACGGCGACCGGGAGAUGAUCCGGUUGGCUUUUGGUCCUGACAAUCUGAUCCAGGCCUUGAUCAACAAGGCUAAAGCCGAGCUCGGUUUGUCCUCUAAGCCAGUGUCCUCUGCUCCAGUUUCGCCCUCUUCUAUGAAUGCGGCCCCUGUUACAGAUUUACCCUUGCAGUUCACCCCUUUCUCGCCAGCUUCAUCGCGCCCCUUUACGUCUCCGGCCACCUUCCGGGUCCCAGCUCCCUACUGGGACCCCCAAGUCACAACGGACCAGCAAACCAUAAGUGGCAUGGACUUCAUCCCUCCGGCUUAUUCAGAUUCCAUCUCCGAUGAAUUUCGCCUUCACAAUCAAGCUCAGUUCUUGAGUUUAGAAGAACAGUUAGAUCCAAACUCGGUGGGUCUGGACUUUUCUAGCAAUUACUACUAUCCAGAACCUGCACUGGGCGGGCUAAGUGCAAGGACAAGUAGGAGAUCUCCAAGCCUACCUGAGUUCCCAGUGAAGGCUUGCCAUUACUUUAACAAGGGUUUCUGUAAGCAUGGAACCAACUGUAGGUACUUCCAUGGUCAAACUAUUGGAGAUAAUUUCUCUCAGAUAUUCACUCCAAAUCCUAAUGAGCUGGUUAAUGAAGAUCAUCUCUUCUCCCCUGGGUCUCUUGAAAAGCUGGAGUUGGAGCUCACAGAGCUUUUGAAAUCUAGACGAGGUGUCCCUGUUUCAAUAGCCUCUCUGCCGAUGAUGUAUUAUGAGAAGUAUGGGAGAACACUUCAGGCUGAGGGGUACCUUACAGAGAGCCAAAGACAUGGGAAGGCUGGUUUCAGUCUGACAAAGCUUCUUGCGCGUCUGAAGAACAGCAUUCGACUUAUUGACAGACCUCAUGGACAGCAUUCAGUAGUUUUGGCGGAAGAUGCUCCCAGAUACAUGGAAUACAGGAGUGAGAGGAACGAUCCUGGUGCCAUUGUUGCUGGGUCUCGUCAAAUUUACUUGACUUUUCCUGCUGAGAGCACAUUUACUGAGGAAGAUGUUUCCAAUUACUUCAAGAGCUUUGGCCCCGUUCAGGAUGUAAGGAUUCCUUGCCAGCAGAAAAGGAUGUUUGGUUUUGUUACUUUUGUCUACCCAGAGACGGUGAAGAUGAUUUUGACAAAGGGGAAUCCCCAUUUUGUCUGUGGGGCUCGUGUACUGGUGAAACCCUAUAGAGAGAAGUCAAGGAUUGUUGACAGGAAAUAUACAGAGAAAGUUGAACCUCCAAUGUACUACCCUUCUCAUUUGCUGGAAAUGGAUCCCGAGCUUCACUCAAUGCCUCGACUCUGCGAUAAUUCCAGAAUACUCAGGAAGCAGAUCAUGGAAGAGCAUGAGCAGGCCCUUGAACUUGAGAGAAGGCGGCUCACAGAGUUGCAGUUAGCACCUAAAGCACUGUCCCACCAACCUUAUUUUGGUUACAUGGAUGAGUUGAAGCUCUCAGAAGCCCAUGCAGAUCACAAUGACUUUCCAUCUGCAGACCGUUUCAAUUAUCUGCUGGAUGUUCUGAAUAAUGGUUCAACAAGCGAUGAUAAAACCAGACACACAGGCACCAAUUACAGUGAUCAGGAAAGCCAAGGGAUUAAUCUCCCGGAGAGUCCAUUUGCAUCUCCAAUAGCAAGCAGCAUUUCUACAGUAAUAUAGAAUUCAGAAACAGAGAAGAAUUAUAGAGGUAGACUACUGGAUUCGAAAGUUAAUUGGUUCGACUGGAUACAAAAGCACCUUUUUCCUUUGUUUAUUUGUCAACUUAUCUCAAUGGAUAGAUCAAGCUCAUCGUGAGUUCAUACUAAACUGAAGAAGAAAUAUUGAAGCUUCUCCUCCUGUUACUUGGGGUGGAGCAGGUUCCAAAGAAGAAUGAUAUAGAAAGCUACAUGUAACAAGUUUCUACACUUUUUUUUUUUUUAAUGUAAUCACAGAAAGCAAGCAAGAGAUAUGGGUCUUAGAAGAGAAUGUAAAAUAUAGUCUGCCCUAUUGGUAGGAAAAAAAAUUACAUGACAGUGCAGUGUUCAGAGAAAAAAAAGGUGUAGAAUCUCUGCAAUACUGAGAAACAGAUGGAAAUAAUUUUACUUUAAACGGAAGGUAGUUUUUACUGUUUAUCACAA